UGGCCGCUGGGCUAGCUGCUGUCUGUCACACGCGCCCCGCGCCCAGCUCAGUGGUUCUCCCUUCUCCAGGCUCACCCGCUCGCACGCGGCUCGCACUUGCGCUCUGGAGCAGCGGGCUCUGAGCAAGCUCCUCCAUCCCCAUCAGAGACCCCAUGGGUCCCCAGGCCACCUGCCCUUGCUGGGGCUACCUGUCUCGCCUCCAGGUGAGGACCUGGGCCGAGCCCGUGGUGUUCUCCACUCAGGUGGCCAGCUCCCUCUACGAUGCGGGGCUGCUCCUCGUGCUGCAUGAAUCCUUCGGGGCCAGAGUCUCCAACCACAGCGCCAGCCCUUCGCCCCGGGAGGCUCUAGAGGACCAAGGGCAGAGGGCCAUCUCCAAUUUUUACAUCAUCUACAACAUCGUGACAGGCCUGACGCCCCUGCUGCCUGCUUACAUCCUGGGCUGGCUCAGCGACCGCUACCACCGCAAGAUCUCAAUUUGCGUGGCCCUGCUGGGCCUCCUGCUCUGCCGCCUCAUGCUGCUGUUCAAGGUGCUGUGGGACUGGCCGGUGGAGGUGAUGUACGUGGCCGUGGCGCUGAAUGGACUCUGCGGAGGCCUCUCAGCCUACUGGGCCGGAGUUAUAUCCCUGGGCUCCCUCGGCUCCUCAGAGGGCCGCCGCUCGGUCCGCCUCAUCUUUAUUGACCUGAUGCUGGGCCUGGGGGGGUUCUGUGGGAGCAUGGGCUCCGGGCAUCUCUUCCAACAGGUGUCUGAGAAGGCCUGGCAGGGCCUGGUGCUGACGGUCUGCAGCGUGAGCUGUGCCUCUUUUGCCCUUUUCUACAGCCUCUUGGUCCUGAAGGUCCCUGAGUCGGCCCCGGGGGGGGCCUACAAACUCAAAGAGCCCCUCCCCCCGUGGCACGGUGUUUGGGCCCCCUUGUCCAUAUCGCUCUGGUACUUGAUCAGCCAAACCCAGAGUGUGGUGGGCGACCCUUUUCUGGGGAACGUAAAUCUCCCACAAACCAUGUGUCUCGUUUUCGACGCCAUUAUCUAUGACCUGGCGGUGGUGGGCACAGUGGAAGUGAUGCCCCUGUUUGUGCUAAGGGCGCCUCUCAGUUGGACCAGGUGCAGGUGGGGCUAUGGAAUGGCCGCAGGGUACAUCAUCUUCAUCACCAGUUUCCUGGGCGUGCUGGUCUUCUCCCGCUGCUUCCGGGACACCACCAUGAUCAUGAUUGGCAUGGUCUCCUUUGGAUCAGGAGCCUUCCUACUGUGUUUUGUGAAGGAGACGUACAUGUUCUACAUUGCUCGAGCCGUCAUGCUGUUUGCUCUCAUCCCCAUCACAACCAUUCGAUCAGCAAUGUCCAAACUCAUCAAGGACUCCUCAUAUGGAAAGGUGUUUGUCAUCCUGCAGCUGUUCCUGACUCUGACCUGGGUGGUGACAUCCACGAUGUAUAAUGAGAUCUAUCAGCUCACCAUGGAAAAGUUUGUCGGUACCUGCUUUGCUCUCUCCUCCUUUCUCUCCUUCCUGGCCAUCGUUCCAAUUGGCAUCAUGGCCUAUAAACAAACCUCAUGGUUGAAACAUGCAGACAUCACAGAGACAUGAAGGUGCUGACCCACAGGAGCUACAAACACCAGCAAUGGCCAGGUCCCUCUGAAGACAAAGGGAGGGACCAGGGACUGGUGACCAAAGCAACCUACUGCUGAGAAACCUGAGUUCCAGCCAGUCAGCCUCACGUGACCUGCUCUGGCUCAGGGGUCCCUGGUGGGUGGGAAAAGCACUUUCCUGGUGAUGGAAGACCUGUCUCAGCUUUCAGACACCCCUGACAGCAGAGGUCAUGUUCUGCGGGCAGUAGAACAUGAACUUUAAUGGUACAUGCAAGCUGCACACAUAGCCAUUCCAGACGCUGCAAGGAGUUUCAGGCAGCAGCCUCUUUUCCAGAAAUUGUCUUCCGGGCUCCAAGGUAUGGCUAACUAGUCACCUGGGUGCGGUGCUAGGAGUCCCAUGGGAGAACUCAAACCAAACAGCUUCCAGCAACUCCUCAAACCAAAGCAUGCAUUUCCAACAGCCCAAGGGGAAUGUCGAAGGGAUAUUUUGUAAGAACUGCCAAUAGUGAACAUCAGUCAAUAUUUUUUAAAUGAAAAUAAAA